AGAAAAUGUCUGCUUGCAUAAGAAGAAACGAGGAGACAUUUCGAUAGUAGUAUAAUGCGCAAUUACUUUCGUCUGAUCUAUGAUACCCUAUCAAAUAGAUUGGUAUCUACACGAGUGUAAUAACACAAUGCUUAUUUUUUCAAAAUAAGAUUAUCUAUUUGUAAAAAUCCUUUAAGUUUGUCAGCAAAGCUAUCGUCAUUUGCGGAAGGUCAGUUUGGCAACAUCAUCCAGUGAGUUAGUGGUCAAACCUACUACAGUGUGUCUUUUUAGUAAUCGAAACUGUAAGAUCCUUCAGGCUGAUGGCAAGAGAAGACAUGGUGGGAAAAUCUGCAUGACCGAAGAAUUCAAGAAGUUGUAAGAUGGAGAUUGUUUCGUUGACUCGCAAACUUCCACUUGCAGGAUUAAUUUCACUGAAAACACGAUUUGUCAGGUUAAGUAGUAAAGGAUGGCUCUCCGUGAAAAAUUAUUCCUCUUUUUGCACUGGAACCAGUAAACAGAUAACUCACAGAUAUACACCGUUGUCUGGUUGUUUCUGCUGCCACUUUCAAGAGCAAAGAAUUAUUUCUUCAUGUGCUUUUUCAAAUCUCAGCAGGCGUUUAGGGACACAUCACAAUGAACUUCAGGCCUUUUCAGCUCUUCUUAGAAGGUCUGGAAUCAUCUAUCAGAGAGAUCUUCUUAGACUGAUUGGUGUUGCUCCAUCUCGCAACUUCAGCUCAACAGUACCAAGAGAAAAUCAGCAUGGCAGAGAGCAAGAUGAUGGUGAAAGAAACAAAGAUGACAAGGAUAAAGAGAACUCUGGAGACAAAAUUCCUUUUCUACCUAGACUUAUCUUCUGGUUCUGGAUUAUCUUUGGGAUCUACACACUCCUGAGAAUGGGACAAGGGGAGGACACCUCCAUGCUCCAUUUCAUCUCCUGGAAUGAGUUCUACCAUGACAUGCUUGCUAAAGGGGAGGUAGAAGCUAUUAUUGUUCGUCCAGAAAGUGAAGUGGCCAUCAUUCAGCUGCAUGAAGGAGCUGUUAUAAAAGGCAAGAAGGUAAAUAGCCACUUUUACACGCUGAAGAUACCAGAUCCUAAUGGCUUUGAGGAAAAGGUGAGGAAAGCAGAGGCAGAGUUGGGUAUUCAUCCUGAUCAAGGAGUCACCAUUCACUAUCAAAGACAAAGUGCCUGGAGUCCUAUAAUUUUCCUUGCUAUUAUUUCCAUUGCUGCCUUCUUCUUACUGAGGAACCUUACAGUUAAAGUUCAGCUGCCUAAUCCUAUGGAAAUGUUUGGAAAGGCAAAGUUUAUGCGAGUGGAUAUCGCUUCAAAGCUUGGUCGGGGCAUCAGUUUCAAGGAGGUUGCAGGUCUGACAGAGGCUAAGACAGAGAUUAUGGAAUUUGUGGACUACUUGAAAUCUCCUGAGCGAUACAAAGAACUAGGAGUAAAAAUUCCACGCGGAGCCUUGCUACUGGGUCCACCUGGUUGUGGCAAGACACUUUUGGCCAGAGCUGUGGCUGCUGAGGCAGAAGUCCCAUUCCUUGCUAUGGCUGGCUCAGAAUUUGUGGAAAUGUUGGGAGGACUGGGUGCCGCACGAGUUCGAGACUUGUUCAAGGAGGCAAGAAAGCGAGCACCUUGCAUUGUCUACAUUGAUGAGAUUGAUGCUAUAGGACGAAAACGAUCUGGCAAUUCUUUUGGCUCAAACUUGGAAGAGGAGCAGACACUGAACCAGCUUCUCGUUGAGAUGGAUGGCAUUGGCACAAAGGAAGGGGUGAUAAUGCUGGCUGCCACCAACAGAGCUGAUAUCCUUGACAAGGCUUUGCUGCGACCAGGUCGUUUUGACCGGCACAUCAUGAUUGAUCUACCAACUCUGGCAGAGCGAAAGGAGAUCUUCAACUUGUACUUGAGCAAGCUAAAAUUACAACAUCCUCCAGACUAUUACUCUGGCAAGCUGGCACAGAUGACACCAGGCAUGAGUGGUGCUGAUAUAUCUAACAUUUGCAAUGAGGCGGCCAUCCAUGCAGCACGGGAAGGCAAGAAGAUCAUCGACACGUCCGAUUUCGAUUACGCAGCUGAGCGAGUCAUAGCAGGUGUGGAGAAGAAGACCCACCUACUGGCACCAACAGAAAAAAAGGUGGUGGCCUAUCAUGAAUCUGGCCAUGCACUAGUCGGCUGGCUGCUUAAACACACAGAUGCUCUACUGAGGAUUUCAAUUGUACCUAGAACCAACAGUGCACUGGGGUUCACACAGUACAUGCCUUCAGAUCAAAAACUGUACUCCAAAGAAGAGCUUUUUGAAAGAAUGUGCAUGGCUCUUGGAGGACGUGCUGCAGAGUCUGUCAUCUUUAAUCAUGUUACAACAGGUGCUCAGGAUGACUUAAAAAAGGUCACAAAAAUGGCAUAUGACCAGAUUCGUUGUUAUGGCAUGAGCGACAUAGUUGGUGUUUUGUCAUUCCCUGAUGGAACAGUAGAGACGGCAUUCACAAAACCCUACAGUAAGAGGUUCCAGGCCACUAUAGAUGAGGAAGCACAUGCACUUGUUGCAAAGGCAUUUCAAUACACAGUGAAGGUCUUGCAAGAUAACAAGGACAAACUGCACAAGCUUGCUGAGACCCUCUUAAAAAAAGAAGUGUUAUCAUAUGAUGAGAUUGAGAGUUUGAUUGGACCACCACCUCAUGGACCUAAAAAUAAGAUGGAACCACAUGGUUGGGAGGGCAUCAUGCCAAGUAACGACACCACUCCUUCCCAACCUAGAGCACCAUCUUGACACUGCCUUUUCAUCUGGGUGCUUGACAUGAAUAGUGUGCAUCUUUCAUGUGGAAAAUCUUGUAGGAAGGGGACUUUACGACGUCUUGAUAUGCAUAAAACAACGGGAGCAAAAUGAGGUUGAGUGCAUAUAUUUUACACAAUGUGUUUCUAUAUGCAUGCCUUAUGUCAUUGUGAUGUGGCAGUUAGUGAGUUAAAAGGAAUGCUAAUGCUGUUUUGUGCCCUUACUGUUUAACUGUUGCUAGGUUUCGAAGUGCCUGCUAUGAACUUAACCACUGGACAUCCUUAUUAUAACACCAGGAUGUUUACUCAAAAUAUUGAUAGAAAAUAUUUUGCUGAAUAAAGGUGAUUGUGUUUGCUGUAAUGGAAAAAA